AGUUUCCCAUUGUCUACCAAUGCUCUGCCGACUAGAUACAUUUGCCCAACUUCGAUUAUUACUUUUUGCGUUCAAUCAAUUUCUACUAUAGUACUACAUAAUCUUAUUCAUAAUUAUCACUUAUGAAGACUGAAUUUUAUCAAAAAGAAUAAAUAAACAAAUUUGUUUAUUAAUAUUGUAACGAAAUUACUGCCGUUUACUACUGUGUAUUUAUUUUUAAUGCAUUGGCUCCCUAGGCAGCCCCUACAUUUUCAAUGGUUUGUGUAUAGUUUUGCGGUGUCCACUUUUGGUUUAAUGUCCUUCCUCCAUGAUGUUUCUGCUGGAGUAUUAUUUUUGUGUUUUUCUGUAACAACAAAAGAUUAUGUGUAUAAAAUAAAUUGCUCUUAAAUAGUGGAACUUCGUUUGUAUUGCGAUUAAGUUUUGAAUAUGUAGUGCCUAUGGUAAUGUGGAAUCAACUCGUGUUUAGGAAUACUAAUUUCGGUUAUAAUUUGCGAAUGUGUUAGCUACUAAAUGUUCUUUAAACGAUGUCAAACCCAGGAGGUAGCAGGAGAAAUGGGGCCAUGAAAAUACGCCUAACAAUUCUGUGUGCCAGGAAUUUGGUGAGGAAGGAAUUAUUUAGGCUGCCCGAUCCGUUUGCCAAGAUCAGUGUGGAUGGGUCGGGCCAGUGCCACAGCACAGAGACCUGCAAAGCUACUCUGGACCCCAAGUGGAACCAACAUUAUGAUCUGUACAUUGGUAAAACAGAUGGCAUCACAAUCAGUGUGUGGAAUCACAAGAAAGUGCACAAGAAACAAGGUGGAGGCUUCCUGGGCUGUGUUAGAAUCAUGUCCAACACCAUUCAGCGACUAAAAGAUACUGGCUACCAGCGGCUGGACCUGUGCAAGGCCAGCCCCGACGACCCGGAGCCGGUGAAGGGGCAGAUCAUUGUGUCGCUGCUGUCGCGCGACGGCCACGGCGGGGCGGCGGGCGGGGGCCACAACGCCGUGGUGGACCCCCUGGGCGACCUCAGCUGCCCCGAGGACCUGCCGGAGGGCUGGGAGGAGCGGAGGAACGCCGCGGGGAGGCUCUACUACGUCAACCACCACACGCGCACCACCCAGUGGGUGCGGCCCAACAGCAGGCUGCACUACAAUGGCAUCAUACCCACGCACAGUCCGCCAUCAAGCUCCGGCGUGACGCUGCCGCCGCCCAACGUCCAGAACGGCCACGAAUCUCCCGUUGGAGGCACGUCGUCUCCUCCCGAUGCCCAAACCACGCGAGACGCCAACCACUCCAUCUCGAGGAAUCGCCGGAACUCCCGCGUCCAGGACGAGCCGGCGCCGGGCAGCGGCGGCCGCAGGGACAGCGCGGGCAACCAGGCGUCCUCGCGCAGGCACUCGGCACGGCAGCUGCGCGGGUCGCUGAGCGGGGGAGUGGGUAGCCGCCCGGCCCAGCUGAUGCAGCCCGGGGACCUGCCCCCCGGCUACGAGCUUCGUACCACGCAGCAGGGCCAGGUCUAUUUCUAUCACAUCCCCAGCGGGGUGAGCACGUGGCACGACCCCCGCAUACCGCGAGACCUCGCCGUGGCGUCGAGCAGCAUCCUCUCAGACCUCGGGCCGCUGCCUCCUGGCUGGGAGAUGAGGCAGACCAUCUCGGGCCGGAUAUACUUCGUCGACCACAACAACCGCACCACGCAGUUCACGGAUCCACGACUUUCCGGGACAGUCAUCUCGAACCUGAUCAGCCGGAAGCAGAUUCCUGCGCCGGCCCCCACCGCCCAGAGGGGCCGGGAGCCGGCGGGAGGGGGCGAGGUUGCCGCGACCAGCCCUUCCUCCUCGUCGCCGUCGUCCAGCUCCGCGACCAGCCCGUCGUCAGGCGGGGAGGGAGGGGAGGGGCGGCCCCGGCCGGUGGUGCGCACCGCGGAGCUGCCCCGGGACCUGCAGGACAGCGAGUCGCUGCCCAAGUACCGGCGGGACCUGGUGGCCAAGCAGCGGGUGCUUCGCGCCGAGCUGCAGGCCCUGCAGCCCCAGAGCGGCCACUGCCGCCUCGAGGUGUCCCGCACCGAGAUCUUCGAGGAGUCAUAUCGCUUGGUGAUGAAGAUGCGGCCCAAGGACAUGCGCAAAAGGCUGAUGGUGAAGUUUCGUGGGGAAGAGGGUCUAGACUACGGUGGGGUGGCUCGAGAAUGGCUGUACCUGCUGUCUCACGAGAUGCUCAACCCACAGUACGGCUUGUUCCAGUACUCGCGGGAGGACAACUAUACCUUGCAGAUCAAUGCAGACAGCAACGUCAACCCAGAGCAUUUGUCGUACUUCCACUUCGUGGGUCGCAUCAUCGGCAUUGCUGUUUUCCACGGCCACUACAUCGACGGUGGCUUCACUACGCCCUUCUACAAAAUGUUGCUAAACAAGCCCAUCACCCUCGAGGACAUCGAAGGCGUUGAUCCUGAUCUGCAUAGGAGCCUUACCUGGAUGUUGGAAAAUGAUAUUACUGGAGUCAUAGAAACUACUUUCUCAGUAGAACACAAUAGUUUUGGAGUCCUGAAAGUCCACGAGUUGAAGUCCGGUGGAAGGGAAAUCUUGGUGACUGAGGAAAAUAAGAGAGAAUACGUUAAGUUGUACGUGAACUACCGGUUCAUGCGUGGUAUAGAGCAACAGUUCCUAGCCCUGCAGAAGGGCUUCACAGAGUUGGUGCCUAACCAGCUUCUGAGACCUUUCGACGAGCGGGAGAUUGAGCUGGUGAUUGGUGGGUUGGGCUCCAUUGAUAUCACGGAUUGGCAGAACAACACCAGGCUGAAGCACUGCACGCCCGACACGCCCGUGGUGAAGUGGUUCUGGCAGAUAAUGGAGGAGUACGGGGAGGAGAUGAGAGCUCGCGUGCUGCAGUUCGUGACCGGCAGCUCCCGAGUUCCGCUCCAGGGCUUCAAGGCUUUGCAGGGAUCGACAGGAGCGGCGGGCCCGCGGCUGUUCACCAUCCAUGUGAUCGAUGUGCCGGUCGAGAACUUGCCGAAGGCCCACACCUGCUUCAACAGGAUAGACAUCCCGCCGUACGAAAGUUACCAGAAGAUGUACGAGAAGCUGACUCAAGCCGUGGAGGAGACGUGCGGCUUCGCCGUCGAGUGAUGUCCGUCUGUGAUAAUGAGGUGUUAAUAAUACUCUCCCGUGUGCCUGCCGUUGGCACAGUCGAGCGCCAGAAAAACGCUGAGCACCAGAUAAAAUGCUGAGCUUGGAGCAGGAGCACAAUUCAACUAAGCAGCAGCCCUGCAUUUAUUUUUUGCACUAACAUCUUUUACUUGCAUUUUUUUUUCCCCCUCAGUCAAUGACAGUUUACUUGUUGACUAUAUCUGAUAAUUUUUUUUUUCUAUAUAAUUGCUUGAGAGAAAAGAUGCAAAGAACUGGUUGCAUGCUAAUUACAUUAGAACCCUCUUAAGAAGAUCCCACUUAAAAAAAUUCCCUGCAUAAUUGGUUUAGUUAAAUAAAUGAACAACCUAUAAAUACUUACAUUUUUUAGCUUUUAAUGAGUCUAAAAUUUCUAUAUACAUUGAGAAUUUUUGUGACAGAAAUGUACUGUACCUUUAAUAAUUGCAUUUAGUGUAAAAGAAUGAUACUUGACACUAUUGUGUGGAAAUAUUUCUAAAAAAAACAGGUUUUGAUAAUCUUGCUAAUUACAUCAAUUUAUAGGGAUUUCCGUCACACUGUCAUCGACGUGAGGGGACCUCCAAGAUUAUAGUGGCUCCAAACGUCUUGGGUUUAGACUAUGUACUCAUAAAUUUGGCUUAUGCCAAAGAGUUGGGAUCGUAUCCACUGCCUUUGUAUCGUUAGUGUGAUGCAUUAGCGGUCAUAGUUACAGAGGACCCUCUUGCCUGGUACGUCAUCUUGCUGCAUCAGCUUGUGGUGCAUAUUAAUGCAGUGAUGUAAAACCUGGUUCUAUUUGGUACAUAAUGCAUGAUUGAGAUCAUGUACUAAUUACUUUUAAACUUGCCCAACUAUGUUUUAAGUAGGCCUGUACGAAUACCAGUUUUUUUUAUUUUAUUUUUUUUAUUUUAGUUUGAAUCAAAUAUGAAUACAAAAUCAUUCCCAAAUACAAAUAUUGAAAUUGAAUAGUAAAAGUGGAAAGUGGAAUUGCAUGAAAAAAUAUUUUCACAUUAUUUAACACAUACGUGGGGAAAGAACAAUGUAAAUAUGAAGUGUAGUGUCUUCUGGGAACUUACACAAUUGAUACUGAAGUGAAAGGUGGGUUAAAAUUAAGUCCGCUACCAAAAUUAUACAUCACAUAUUUGUUAAAAUAUAAAACUAUUUGAAGGGGGAAAAAGAGUUUGUAUGCAGCUGACCUAACCUAAUCAACCUUUCACUUCAGUUUUUGAUUGCCAAAAUGCCUACAUCCAGCUUCUCUUUAAUAUUAAUCCAUAAAAUAUUUAUGAACUACAAAAUACAUACUACCAAAUCCUAUCCAUCUUACGAAAAAUAUAUUUUUUUUAUUGUGAAUUUGCAAAAUAGUGAUUUAGUGAGUUAAUUUUUACAUAUUUAAAAUUCAGUUAUUCAUUAACUGUUGUUAACAGCAUCCAGGUAGUAUAUUAUUUGUUACCAGUAUUUACAUUUGCUUUAUUUAGCUUUUGAGGCGAAACAUCUCAUCAUAGAUACAUUAUAGCAUAAAAGCUUGCCAUUGUGGUACGUGAGGGUAAAUAGAUUGUGACUAUUAAUUUAUAAGCUUUUGUAACUAUCUGGUUCUCUCUUGUAAUGGUCAUUACAAAGGAGUGUCUGUGUUGUGUUUUGUAGUCCAUAAUUUUUCACCAUGUAACUAUAGCGGAUCAUCAAUGAAUUAUUUUUACCUCCACAUCGCGUGAACACAUGCUGCAAAGAAAUUAUGUUUUCAAGAUGAAGAAUACACAUCACUUGUAUGUGCAUUAUCUGCCCUUCUGCCUUAAGUGCAUCAGCUGUCCUUGUGCCUUCUCCGAGGUGAUAGUACAGUUGCACACUCCUGACUCGCAGUACCAAACCACUAUAACAUUGAAGGUCCCAUCAUCUGAAGCUUGCAGUGCGUCACAGAAAUACCAACAGUUGUAACCAGCAAUCUGAAUCUCUGGUGUUCACGGGGCUAGAUUUAGAGACCAACAAGAGUUGACACAGUGGCUUAGCAAACAAAAAAAAAAACUUUGCUUUUUUUAUUUAGUUUAUAGGAUAGUUUAUUUAUUUUACAAAAUAGACAAGCAGAAGUAGAAAAUAAUAGGAAACCAUCAACUAUAAUUUUUUACACACUAUUUUUAAAUUUAUAAUUACUACUACAAAAUGAUUUGGCCAUGUAAUGUGUACCAUAUUUCGCCCCCUCCAAAGUUGAGACCCUUGGCAGCUGCCUAUUUUUCGCAGGCUUAAGUUUCAAUAUUUUCCGCAGACUUAAGUUUGCCACUGGGAGUUUAUUGUAAUUUUACACAUCUAAAUUGUGUGCUCGCAAAAUACUGUCGCUGUUAAAUUGUUGGUAUCAAUGUCAAUUGAAGCUGAAACCGGCAGGUAUAUUUGCACCCUGCAUAUCUGGGGAACAUACGGUGUGCAGAGUUUUAAAAGAAACCACUCAAUUUUAACUGCUCAAGAUAUCAGAGUGGUGUCUAUUUAUGAAAAGCAUUUAAGAAUAUGCUGUGGGUGGAUGAAUGGUUCUGUUUUUUUUCUAUUUUGUUUUUAAAUUGUAUUUUUAUAAGAAUGUAAAGGGCUGAAACUCGUGUGCUCAGAAUAAUUUUUGGACAUUAAGCACGCGGUACAUAUUCUUGAAAGCUAUCAAGGGUAUUGCAACACACCUUUAUCUAUAUCUCUCCACCAUAUAAUGUUAUGGUUACCGCUCAUUUGCACGACAAGAAGACUAUGCAACAGUUCAGAGCCUUGUACUUGUUGGCGAUACUGCGGUAGAAGCACCAGCGAGCGUUGCACUUAUCCUGCCUCACUAAGACAGAUACACCCCUGACUGGGCGGGGGCCCCUUCAUUUAGCUCUAUUGCAAACACUUUAUCGUGAGGAAUUUAAUGAGAGUUAAACAGAACUAGACACUGAAAAUGUAACAAAGAAAAUUACUCAAAGCUGCAAGUGUAAUUUUUUUUAAGUAUUAAAACUAACUUAUUAUUUUUACUCAAACUAUUCAAACUGAUCAUCAUCAGUAUACAUUUUGCCUUGCUUCUGCUCCAUGGUGACUCUUAAUACAAUACAAAGCAUUGUGUGUGUGUGUGUGUGUGUGUGUGUGGACUGUUGUCCUAGGAUCUUCCAAUGCAAUGUUGAUAUGAAACAUAGUUAUGCAACUGUAAUAAGUGUACGUUAAGUUUACGUAAGUUAUAUAACUGAGGUUGAAUAAUAGAGAUUUAAUAUUUGUUCUUGUUAUGAUUUUGUAUAAAAAAAAAGAAAUGUGUAGGAUAGAAAUACAUUUUUGUAACUACCUUGUCAAAUUCACCUUUCAACUAGAACAAUAUUUGAAAUGCACAAGGCAAGCACAAUUUCAUGUACAUAGUUUGUAUAAUUGUAUAUUUUGUAUGUUGCUUAUUGUACUGUAAAUAUAAUACGUACUGUAAUAACUGAUAAUCUUUAUAACUUCACUGCCAUGUGGUGAUUGUUUCUGUUUUUAACAUGAUGUAAGAAAUGUUCCCAAUGUGUAAUACUCUUGUGAUUGGCUGCCAUUUAUUCUACAAUAAUAGUUCAAGUGGCGUGAAAUUUGAUCGGUUCAGUGUUCUGUAAUGAGAUGCAUUGAAAUUUUUAUUUCCCUUGCGAAUGUGUUGGAGUUGCUGAUAGCAACUUAGUAGUGACGUGUAACAAAGAUAUUUUUUAUUUUUUUUGUAUUUGUGCAGCUAAGCAAAAUGUUAUGAAAUGGCUGUUUUAAACAGUUUAUCUAAAAAAAAAUUACUAAAAACUUUAAUUUUAUGUACAUGUCGUGUGUAGGGUAAAAAGGAUAUCAGGAAUUGGUAUUUCAUGGAAUGUUCAGAUCUAUUCAAGUAACAACUUUAGGGAAGGAACCUAAAUAUGCCAUAUUUGUUUCAAAUGAUUGUACCGUUCAUGCCAGAAGAAUUUUUUAUAAUUUAAUAUUGGAAUUUUGCCUUUGAUUAGGCAUCAAUAAAUUUACAAAGCUGGUAACAUAGUGUCUAUUGCCAGUAUUAUUACAGUUGUGUAGUCAUUUAGAAAAUUACUCAAACUGAAUGCCAUGACUUAACAGGGGAAUAUUUUUGUAGCAGUCGGUUGCUAUUUGAUUUCAGGCUUUCCGUUAAAUUGUACACAACGCUUUAGCAAAGCCAAAUUUGUGAAUCAAACAAUACAAAAUUGCUGUGGCCUAAAAUCUGUUGAAAUUAAGAUGCUAAUGUUCUGUUCCUAUCUCUCCCCCUGAAGUAUAUAUUGUUAUCAAAGCUAUUGCUGCAAUAGUACUAUUAUUUUUCUGAUGUUUUCUGCUGUAAAUUGUAUUAUUUUUCUAUGCUUGUGUACUUUUAUCAUAGGUAUAUUUAUUUACUUGCAAACCUGGUAAAUGGUAGUGUAGUUAUAGUUACAUACAUUUUUAAGUGCAUGUAAUAUAAAUUAUUUUUUUUUAUCUUGCACAAUCACACUAGUAACAUUUAAUUUUUUUUUAUUUAAACUUUUUUUUAGAAGCAUUGACAUACACACACACAUUAUCAUGUCUUGAGAUAAUAUUGGUUUGUCAUAUAUUGUUUUGUCAUGCAAUAACAACUGAAAUUUUUUUAGUUUCAUGUUUGCAACGUGCAGAUUGAUGUAUUACUUUGUGCAUACAUCAUGAUGAUUUUGAAAAUGGUUUUUCCAGAAUUUGGGGGAAACUAAAACUUUCGAAAUGAUUCUACAUAGGCCUGUGAAAAUACUUGUUUUUUGAUGCGAAGCAAACAUAAUAUUGAAUGUUUUAAAUAAUGUGAAUAUUGUUCUCGGCGAAGCUGGAUUAUCUUAUUUUAUAAAAUGCAAGAAUGAACUAAAAAAAAUUUUUUUGUUAAAUGUUUGUACUUAACAUUUGAACUAAUUAAGUGAACAUUAUUGAUUAACCAUUUGGACCCUAUAUAUAAAUUCAUUCAUAAAAAUAAUGUAAUAACAAUGCAUUAAUAUUAAUAUUGAGUAUCCAUAAAAGCAAAUGGAGCGCCUUAUUUUUUUUUUUAAGUAACCAACUUUAUUCAAAACUGCAUCACUAUUUAAUGCCUUUGUUAGGAAAUGUAUAAUUUUUACAGCACAAAGUAGAAGAUGACUAGUUGUUUGUUAGUCAGUUAUAAUGCUUAACUUCACUUCCAAGCACAAAUUUCUUUAGUAAUCAUUUUAUAAAGUUCUCAAGUCAGCCCCUCGAAGUAACACCCUUCAAUUAGAGCAGUUUUGAAGUAAUGACUUACACUGUUAUAUUGUGCAGUCGUAAAAUUUAAAGAACGCUUGCUUAUGUCCGUGUCAUUUUCCCACUUCAGUGAAAGAGAGGCAGAGUUUAUUAUUCCAUCUCCUGUUGCAAUAUUGUAUGCGUAAAGACACCCCAUAAGACUCCCUCAGCUGUGGCCAGUAUUAUUAUUAUAACAUCCCACAAAUCAGCACCCAAGUAUUUAAUGUAUUGGUUGGCUACAAAAGGUUAUUAUUAUAUUUAUGUACUUUGAGAUACAGUUCAUGUGUAUUCAGAACUUACAUUGUUUAGACAUUUGUUGGUGAUCUGUUUGGGAGAAAAAAAUUCAAGAUAAAACUGGAAUAACAAUAGCAUGUUUAGUGUGUCUUGACACAUUGUUUGUCACAUAUUUUGUCCUUCAUGUAGCUAGCCAAGCCAUGUACAACACAACUUCAUCCAUCUAUUAAAACAUAUUUUUGAAUUUGUGCAGCCAACAAGCCUGGCUUAAAAGCCUAAAUAUCAUAAAAGAAUCUUUUAUUUUGUUCUUGAUGUAGUUUGUUUUUUAGUUGGUUUUCUCAUUUGUAAUGUAUUAGCAAGUGCUCUGAAAAUUCAGUAGUGAAUUUUUUGGCAAUGAGUUUUAACAGCCGCAUUGUUUUGCAAAAUGUUAACACGGUACAGUUGAACGAACAAACACUAACUCCAUGAGCUUGUAUUCCAAAAACAACUGCCACAACAUACCAUAGAAAUAAUCCAUCCAUCCGUCUGUCAAAAGAAUAAGUAUACUAUACUUUUGGCGUAAGGAGGAAUGGAUUUUUACAGGCUGUAUGAUUGGCUUCAGGUCAUGUGAUGAAAGAUUGACAGACGGACAGAGGCGAUAGGCAAUUGUUAGUCCAGCUUACAAUUACAAAAAAAAAAAGUGGACUGUGUUGUGGCAUACCUUGAGGUUUAGAAAGUUUUGAAAUUAUUUGUGUUCAGAAAAUCUCUAAUUGUGAUUCAGAUGUUUGGGAACACAUAUUUGUGUGUCUGAUUCCUGUCUUAUGUUGGCUUUUCAGCAUAAACAUUAAUUUGAAUUAAAAAAAAAAAAAAAAAAAAUUUCAUGCUCAUAAAACAAAUAAUUAUAAUGGUGAAAACAGGUUUGAGUAUAAGUUUUUUGUAAUAGCAUUUAAUUUUUUUUGGAACCAAUCCGAUUGUUUCUUCAAGGGGCUGUUGUAACUAUGGUACCUGUUUUGUAAUUUAUUUGUACUGUAGUUUCUUCCAUAAACUUACACUGGUAUAUGUUUUAUUUAACAGAAAGAUCUAUACUAUAUUGUUCCUGUUUUCACGCAUACUGCUUGUAUUUGCAAAUUACAGCAUGCUUGUGGAACAACAACCAAUUUUCUCUUUUACUGCAAUGUGGAGAAUUAGUAACUGUGAUAAAUAUUAUUAUCUUGGUGAUAUGGUAUAGAGAAAAAAUUCUGAAAAAAAUAAAAUGAAAUUUUGUGUAACCAUAACGAGACUUUAGGAUAUGUAUGUAAGUAGUACGUACAGUAUGCAUGAGUUUUUCUGAUAGAAGUGCAAUCUUAGUGUAAUUUUGAGUGUAUAUAUUGUAAUUAAUAGCUUCCACAAGGAGAUAAAAAUUGUGUUUUUUUUAAUUAGGCUUAUUUCUUUUAAAGUAUUUUACUAUUUUUAUGUGUUUAACUUUGAUGUAACUUCUGUUCUGCACUUAAAAACAUAGCUUAAAUUUCUGUAUUAUUUUGUUACAUUUUAUAAACUCUCCUAUUUUUAAUAAUUACUGUUGAAUGAAUUUAGGUUUGCUUGCUGAAUUUGCUACAUAUUUUUUAAACUGUGUUGGAAAUUUUUGUUGAGGUUAUUUUCUUAUUUCACCCAUUUAUAUUCAUAAUCUCGCUGUCAAAACAUCUGAACAUUGAUAUCAAGACUUAACUAGAUUUUAAAAAAAGUCAUUACGAAAGCAAUUUUACAUCUAUAUUAAAAUUUCAUUCAAAAAUUAUUUUUAAAAAGUUUUCUUUAAUAUAUUGUGGGUUGUUCCUAAAAUAUGUGAUUAUGAAUCCCAUUUUGACUCAUAUUUGAGAUUCAGUUCUUUGAGUUUGAUUCCAUCAUAUUUCAAACUUUACAAAAUAAUACUUAUCUUAAUACUUAUGUACUUUUAAUUUUUUUUUUACUUGGAUACAAAAACCUUUGUUAUUUACAAAUGAAAUAAUUUAUGUUUAUUGAUUUGCCACUACAAACAAUAAUAAAAACUUAUGGUGAUGGGGAAUUAUAAAAUAAGUUACCUGAGAGCCCCAAAAUAAGUUAACUUGUGUGAGCUAAUAUGGUUACUAUUGUACAGUAUAACUGAAAUUGUUUUGUUUUAAAAUAAGAUAGCAACAUUAGUUAUAUUACUUAAAUAUGCUGCAUUUUAUUCUGUAACAUAAAUUAUAUUCAAAAAAAAGGAGACACAACUCUUAUUGCAAAACUCCCAUUUAAUCAGUCAAAAAAAAAAACUAUUUUAGUUGUCUCGUUGAAAUAUUAGGACACUAGCAAUUUCAAAGUUUUGCUUAAGAGAAAGAAUAAGCGGUUUUGAUUCUGAAAACAAUGGAUUUCAGAUCCUUCAGUCUCGUUAAAAUUUAUGGCUUGGCUAGUUCCAGGAUUUGAACCGACCCAACAAUUCUUUUACCCUUUAAUUAUAAAAUUUCUCUUUUGUGAGGCAAAUAGGUGGGAUAUAUGUUUGAAAGCACAAGCCAUGUUUCAUUUUCUCAGCAUUUAUGCAGUCUUUAUAAGGGUGUGACAGUGUUGUGAGAACUUUUCACCUUUGUGCAAGGUCCUUUUGAGUUUAUUGCUGCUUCUUUUAUUUUGCUAAAAAUGUUUACAUUCCAAAUUUUACUGAUAUUUCAACUAUUUGAUUUAUUAUAAUGGUUCGGUUUUAUUAUUUAGUCCCCCAAGAGAUAUCAGGAGAUAUUAUUAUUAAUUGUUUGACCUCUACCGAAACCUCACAACUUUUGUUUUCUUUCCUUUAUUGGGUAAAAAAAAAUUUUAAUUUUUGUAAGCUUGAAUUUGGAAUUAGCUGUAAAAUUUCAGUAGUGAGAGUUAAUUUUUCUUUAAGUAGUACUUGUAACAUCGGCAUGAACUUUAUAAAUUUGAUUUCCUGUUUGUAUUAAUUUGUAUAAUGUUGGUUUAGUAUUCUUAUGUGCAUGCUUUGUGACUGUGUGCUGUUAUUUGUCUGUUAUUCCAGAGUACGUGGGGGCCGUACGAUUGCCUCAAAUGGUCUAUGUUAAAUUUAUCAGUCUCAACGUUUCUGGAAGUGGGUGUGCUCAUGUACCAACUGAUGAAAUGCGAGGACUGUUUUGUUAGGUAGUCAUGUAAAUAUGAAAAUGCGGCCUGGUUGCUAUGGUGGUCACAGUACCUCGACACUGAUGCAUUUGUUUUCUUUGAAUCAUUUCUGCCCGUGAACCCACGGCAGUGCCUCAGGGAAAGCGAUCCUCCACAGCAGCCUAGUCGACAUUUCCGUCCAGAGUCACACCAAAUGGCGGCCGGCAAGCGCUCUCUUUUGCUCGAGCCGUAGGUAAUGAAUGUGUAGGUAUUAAAAAAUGUUUUGUAAAGUGCCUGAAUUGAGUAAAAAUAGGAGUUUUUUUUUCUUUUUUCAUGUGAUACCCUAGUCAAUUAUUGUCUCAAACAAUCACGAAAAGGGAUCAAUUCGCAGAUGUUAAAUUAAUUGUGUAAGCUGGGAAAAGAGACAUUCCUUUGACUGGUACAUUGCAGCUGUUCAUCAUGUGUAGCAUGUUUCGACCCAUAUUGUCACUUUCUUUCUGAUCCUUUCAUUUGGCAGUUUGAAUUUAAAAAUAAAAUUCUGUUAUUCAUAGUUCCAUAAGUCUGUGGUGCUUACUGUAUAAAAAAAAAGAAUGGGAACAAUGCCUCAGCAAAUAAAGUUCUGUUGCUCUCCAGUGAAAGAAAAUUUGUAUGUGCAUUAUAUUACUAUUAUUUUAGGCUGAGAAUUAAAGCCAAAGCUAAAACACA